CCCCCCCCUCACUCCUAGACUCACGUUUCAGUUUGAAAUCAAGUAUUAUUUUUAUUUGAUAAAUUCAGACUGAAAUUAAAUAGCCCAUAGUAUGCUUAUUUCAGUAGAAAGAAAUUACAUAAGAAUCUUGGUUAUGGUUGAGCUGUUUAUAACAGCUUCAUUAAAACGAUUUUCGAGCAGAGAAGUUAAACAAUACCAAAACAAUUGAACAGAAACGAUCUAUAAAAAAUCCUAUAUUUUUGUCAUUUUUUAUCGAAAAUCCUAUAUUUUAGACAAACUUGAUCCUCUAAGGAUUCCUAUAUUUUUAAAAAAUCGCAAUCGGAGACCAGGGUUUAAUAUCAAACAUAACAGCAAAACUUGCUGCAAACCUUCAUAUUGAUGAAAUAGCAAGAAGUGGUGAAGAUUGGACUGAUGAUGCAAUAAAAAUUGAAGGUACACGAAGAGUAUUAAAUGUUUGUGAAAAAAAUCCAAUUGAUGAACAUCCAUUAAAUUAUGAUGAAUAUAAUCCAUUUAAUAUUUGUGCUGCAUCCAAUUUACCACAUUUAUCGUGA